AUGGAGAAACUACUUACGCUCAUCAUCUCCCUUACCUUACUGACUUGCUUCGCAGGGUCCUCCCCGAUUCUGACGGAAAAGCAGGCCAAGCAGAUCCUCAGGUCCCGACGCCAGGACAGGCCCAGCAAACCCGGUUUCCCCGAUGAGCCCAUGAGGGAAUACAUGCACCAUCUGCUUCGCCUGGAGCAUCGCGCCGAGGAGCAGUUCCUGGAGCACUGGCUGAACCCUCACUGCAAGCCCCACUGUGACAGGAACGUGGUCCACCCCGUGUGAGGGGCUCCAGCCCAGCCUCCGCAAGCCGUCUGAGAAGCCACGACCCGGCUACCAUCAAAACGGGAGGAGGCGCCCUCUUGCACGUGUGUUUCAGCUAUGGGAAUGGAUGUGUUCAGACCUCAGGAGCUGCGGGCGUGGCAUAGGCUGCCUUGGGGAUUAACGGCAAAUAUGUAGAUAUAGAUGCUGCUUCGUUUUACUAAUCUGCGUCACUCAUUAAAGCCAACAGCUUAAAGUAUAACCCCCUCCCUGCAUGGCCUUCCUACAGGUUUGAUGGGGGCAGGGCAGGAGGGGAAGCUCAGCCCCAGAGAAUGCAAGGGCACCUCAGGCUCAGCCGACUGGCAGGCCGCCUGCCCUCAGGGCUCUGGGGAGUCUUGCAGGCCUGCCCUGGAGGCUGUGGAGGCAUCUGGUUAUCCCUUCCCCUCUGCACCUUGUCUGCUCUAAUAAACGGUGGUGUUCAAUCUGC